UUUAAUCCCCACCAAUAAUAGCACCGACGAAUCGUGUCCUAUUCCUCCCCCAAAUAUCGGGCCAUCUCCUCCUCCUUCCCCCUGCCUCCUCCGGCGGCUAUAAAGUCCCAGUCCCGAUCAACCGAGAUGUGGAAAUACCGAGUCCUCGGGUCAGCGGCUGCCCUGCUCCUGCUGUCCCUCGCCGUAUCGUACACUCAGACCGAGAAGCAGAGCGCGGGAGUCAUGGCGGAAGAUGCAGGGCCGUUGGCGGGCGGCAUCCACGACUCGCCGGUCGGGCGCGAGAACGACCUCGGUGUCCUCGAUCUCGCCCGCUUCGCCGUCUCCGAGCACAACAAGCAGGCUAAUGGUCUGCUGGAGUUCGAUAAGGUUGUCAAGGUCAGGGAGCAAACUGUUGCUGGCACCAUGUACUACUUCACGAUUCAGGUCAAUGAAGGCGGAGCCAAGAAGCUCUACGAAGCUAAAGUCUGGGAGAAGGUAUGGGAGAACUUCAAGAAGCUCGAGGAGUUCAAGCCUGCCGAGAGCGGUGCAAGCACCUAAGGCGCGUCUCAACUGUGCAAGGAUCUGCAGAUAUGGUGCGGAUCGGUCGGACGACAUGCUAUAUAUAGCAUGUUCCGUUGUGUAAUAUGAAGAAUAAGUCUGCUUCUUGCAAGGUGUAUUAACUACAACUCUUGAUAAAAUUCUCCGUACUAUAGUAUUCUGUGAGGCAUUGUGGUCGACUUGUUUGAACUUUGGGGAAAAACUUGGAACCAUAUGUUUACAUAAACCAGCCACUAUUUAUCUUAACAAUAGAGUUUCAGAAACUUUGCCUUGAAAGCAUAUUCAGCGCAGAUCUUUUAUCUAUUGUGAGAGCCGAACUGUGUGAUGUUGGUAAUGAGCAGAUAUAAGUGGAAAAAUUCUUUGCAUCGUUGCAUGUAAAGAUUCAGAGUCAUCGGCUCAGUAAAUUAAGGAGAGUCUUUCUGUCA